CGUGCAGGCUGCUGUAUUGCUGAAGUCGGUAUCUAGUUCACCCAGUCUUCCAGACUGCUCCAUGCUUUGAGACCAGGAGGACCUUGGUGUUCUGAAAUGAAGAUGGAGGCAGUGGGAAAAGCAGAAGAACUUGUCGAUUCAGAAGUUCCACCAAAGACUUCUGAAAAGCAAGAGACUGCUCCUGAUGAAGACCGACCUGUAGAACUCGAGACGCAAACUGACAAGGACAACGUGCCCACUGCAGCAGACUCUGCGGUGCUCUCCUCCAUGCCUUGCUUACUGAUGGAACUGAGGCGAGACUCCUCGGAGUCUCAGCUAGCAUCUACAGAGAGCGAUAAGCCAACGGGUGGUCGAGUUUCCGAGAGUGACUCUUCUAACCAUUGCAUGCUUUCCCCUUCUUCCAGCGGGCACUUGGCUGACUCAGAUACGUUGUCUUCCACAGAAGAGAAUGAGCCCUGUCAAGCUGAAGCUGCUGCAGAAGGAGACACUUCCGUGGUGUCUGGAGCUGCAGUUGGGAGGAAAUCCCGGCGAUCCAGGUCUGAAAGUGAAACUUCAGCAAUGGCUGCCAAGAAAAACCGGCAGUCUAGCGAUAAGCAGAAUGGUCGAGUUACCAAGGUAAAAGGUCACCGAAGCCAAAAGCACAAAGAACGAAUCCGGCUGCUCAGGCAGAAGCGGGAGGCAGCUGCUCGCAAGAAGUACAACCUGCUGCAGGACAGCAGUACCAGUGAUAGUGACCUGACGUGCGACUCGAGCACGAGUUCGUCAGAUGACGAGGAAGAGGUUUCAGGGAGCAGCAAGACAAUCACUGCAGAGAUACCAGAUGGACCUCCAGUUGUAGCUCAUUAUGAUAUAUCAGACACAAACUCAGACUCAGAAGUGGUAAAUGUGGACAAUCUGUUGGCGGCUGCAGUAGUUCAAGAGCACAAUAAUUCUUUAGGAAAUCAAGACUCAGGAUGUACCUGGAGAACCAGAGGGCUGCUAGAUGAACUGAGUGCUGAUACAGGUCAUUUGGAUCCAGGCUUCCUUGCAAGUGACAAAACCUCUCCUGGUAAUGCCCAGGUCAAUGAAGAAAUUAAUAUCACCUCUUCUGAUAGCGAAGUAGAAAUUGUUGCAGUUCAGGAACAUGCCAGAUACAAGAGAGUUGAAACCCCCAAAGCAGAGGAAG